CAAAACGCGUAAAAGAUGAAUGGUGACCAAACAACAUUUACGCACGCUCAAUUAAUGGUGUUCUAAUGGUGGCACGCGACGUGCGUAAAAAGGCGCAAAAUGGCCUUUGGAAAAAAAACGGUAAAUGUGGUCGCUGCGUGAUUUUAGUGACGGGGGGAGGAGGGGACCAAGCAUAAGUGAGGGUGAGUGGAUGGCGUGGGCUUGUCCCCCUCCAAGCCGCACAUCAUCAUCAUCAUCCUCGGCGGGUACACAGCAACAGCCUCGUACGCAUCCUCCUCCUCUUUCUCCUCCUCCUCUUUCUCCUCCUCCUCCUCAUCCUCAGCAUCUCCAGGCCGGAGGGACGCAGGAUUUAAGACAUAAAAAGAGGCUUUUGUCCCAUACAUUGGUUGAUCUAACCGAAGCCCCACACGUUAAGGGGAUCUCAAGAAUCUUUUGACCCUUGGUGCACCGUUUGAAACCCCUUCAACAUGGAGGACGGCUACCAAAACCGGACUGCCUUCAUUAAAGGUGCCAAAGACAUCGCCAAAGAAGUCAAGCGGCAAGCGUCCAAGAAGGUGGGCCGCUCGGUGGACAAGAUGAGCGACGAGUACGCCAGGCGCUCCUACAGCCGCUUUGAGGAGGACGACGACGAUGACUACCCCAUGCAGGGUAGCCAAGAUGGAGGCUAUUACCGUGGCGACAGCACGGCGAGGAACGACGACGAAGGAGGCCACAGUGACUCCACGGAGGGUCACGAUGAAGACGAUGAGAUCUACGAGGGAGAAUACCAGGGGAUCCCCCGGGCCGACUCGGGCAAAGGCAGCCUGGCCGGAGGUCCGGGGUCAAUGACAACCGGAGGUCAAGAGUUCAGAGACAUCGAUGUGUCUGACGCUCAGAGGCAGAAGGAUAAGGAGGAGCUGGCCCAGCAGUACGAGACCAUCCUGCAAGAGUGCGGCCAUGGGAAGUUCCAGUGGACCCUGUACUUUGUGCUGGGUUUGGCACUCAUGGCUGACGGCGUGGAAAUCUUCGUGGUCGGGUUCGUCCUUCCUAGCGCAGAGAAGGACAUGUGUCUGUCCGAACCCAACAAAAGCAUGCUUGGUCUGAUUGUUUAUUUUGGGAUGAUGGUUGGGGCUUUCCUCUGGGGAGCUCUGGCUGACCGGAUAGGCCGCCGGCAGUCUCUUCUCAUCUCUCUCUCCAUCAACAGCAUCUUCUCCUUUUUCUCCUCUUUCGUCCAGGGCUACAGCACUUUUCUCUUCUGCCGUCUCCUGUCAGGAGUUGGAAUUGGUGGUUCAAUUCCCAUUGUGUUUUCCUACUACUCUGAGUUUUUGGCCCAAGAGAAGCGCGGUGAACACCUCAGCUGGCUCUGCAUGUUCUGGAUGAUUGGAGGAAUAUAUGCAUCUGCUAUGGCCUGGACUAUCAUCCCACAUUAUGGAUGGAGUUUCCAGAUGGGUUCAGCGUAUCAGUUCCAUAGCUGGCGUGUGUUCGUGCUAGUGUGUGCUUUCCCGUCUGUGGCGGCCAUCGCAGCCCUAAACGCUAUGCCUGAGAGUCCUCGCUUUUAUCUUGAGAAUGGCAAACACGACGAAGGCUGGAUGAUUCUGAAGCAAGUCCAUGACACAAAUAUGCGAGGAAAGGGGCACCCAGAGAAAGUCUUUUCUGUGACCACAAUCAAGACGGUGAAGCCGGUGGAUGAAUUGGUGGACAUUGGCACUGACACCCCCGUAUGGCAACGCUACCAACUGAAGAUUAUGAGCCUUUCCCAACAGAUAAGGAAAAAUAUCCUUGCUUGCUUCAGCCCGGAAUAUAAACGGACAACUUUCAUGCUCAUGGCUGUGUGGUUCACCAUGUCCUUCAGCUAUUACGGAUUGACGGUGUGGUUCCCCGACAUGAUCAAGUACAUCCAGAAGCAGGAAUACGACUCUCGAACUAAGACCUUCACAAAGGAGCGAGUGGAGCACGUCACUUUCAACUUCACCCUGGAAAACCAAAUACAUAGCCACGGAUACUAUUUUAACGACAAGUUCCUCAACCUGAAGAUGAAGUCGAUGGUGUUUGAGAACUCUGUGUUUGAGGAGUGCUACUUCGAGGACAUCACCUCCACACACACCUUCUUCAAGAACUGCACCUUCAUCGCAAGUUUGUUUUACAACACAGACUUGUUCAAAUACAGAUUCGUCGACUGCAAACUGGUCAACAGCACGUUCCUCCACAACAAAGAGGGCUGUGUGCUGGACUUCAGCGACGACUUUAACAACGCCUACAUGAUUUAUUUCAUCAACUUCCUGGGCACACUGGCGGUGCUGCCUGGAAACAUCGUCUCCGCUCUGCUAAUGGACAAAAUUGGCCGUCUAAGGAUGCUGGCCGGGUCCAGUGUCAUAUCUUGUGUCAGCUGUUUCUUCCUGAUGUUUGGGAACAGUGAGUCAGGGAUGAUCGCCCUCCUCUGUCUGUUUGGGGGCAUCAGCAUCGCCUCUUGGAACGCCCUGGAUGUGGUCACAGUGGAGCUGUACCCCUCUGAUAAAAGGACCACAGCAUUUGGUUUCUUGAAUGCCCUCUGUAAACUGGCUGCCGUGUUGGGCAUCAGUAUUUUCCAGUCGUUUGUCGGCAUCACUAAGGCCUUACCCAUCCUGUUCGCCGCCGGUGCCCUCGCCGCCGGCAGUUUCCUUGCAACAAAGUUGCCCGAAACUCGCGGCCAAGUGUUACAGUAAGGAAAAAAAUGACCAGCAGUGGGCAGUGGCGUAAAGCUGGAGAGCAUGGCCAAGCCCUGGAGCCCAAACACCCCUGAGAGCUUCAAACGCCGCCUGUCUGUCACACAGAAACAGAACAGACCGCCCUCCCAAAUGUAGGCCUAGAAUCCUUUGAAAUGUGGAUUGCAUCCUUUUAAUCUGUUUGCAGACACACAGCGAUCAUAAAAGAAGAGCACACACAUGUGGACAAAGCUAUUAGAGCAUCACAACACCUCUGCUUUAGUCAGCUGCUCUCUACCAGAUGUGGUUUUAUACAUAUACACAUACAUUAUGAAGGAAUCACCCUAAAAGAUGAUGUGUUUUUAUGCAGUCUACAGACACGAUCGCUGUGUUAUUUUGUUUUUUUUUUUGUUAUGGGUUUCAGUGACUGGCUUACAGUGCUGCUAAUAAUUUACUGUGAUUUUUGUGGUAAAACCUGAUUUAUAUUUUCAAUCAAAAGCGUGUUUAUAGGUGUAUUUUGUGACUGUUCCUUUUUUCUAAAAUGAAAUCACAAAUAUCUGACCCUUGAAAACUGCUUGUUACUAAAGCCAGACCUGCUGAAUGAAUGCUGUUACUUUCUGCCACAUGACGUUCUAACAUUCCAGUGAGGCUGGGUUUAUUCAGACACCUUUCCCUUUCAGUUCCUGAAUAAUUCCGGCUAAAUUGUUGCCACGAAACUCAAACAGGUAAAGAUGCAUUUCACAGGAUUCUCUGUUGUGCAUGGGAAGAGUUGGAGCCAUUUCCUCUGUGUUGAACCAGUGUUUCCCCUCCCUGAUGUGUGGAAUGUUGUUGGCGUUUUUAUGUGGAUUGCACAAAUGUCUGUGGGAUGGGUUUGGGUUGCAUAAAAACGAUGGGAAAUCAAUUUUUUUUAAAAACAGAAUCAGUCAUGUGAGUGUUUGUGGGGCUUUUUUUAUUAGAGAAAAUUACUCCAUUGACUUUUUUAAUCAAAAUGCUGGAUGUUACAACUUGAGACUUGGUGGUUGAUUUGUACAUUAGUAAAAAUAUGUUUUAUAAGGUUAGCACAAAAAAAAAUACUUUACAUUCCACCGUUUAGGCAAAUGAGUGCAACCAUGUUAUCAUCAUUUGUACUGUGGUUACAUCAUUUUUGUCAUUUGAUAAAUUCACAACAAUUAUUUUUUUCUUUUAGGUUUAUUUUAGGUAAACUUUAAUAUAGGGCACUUGUUUUUUCUGGAGUCAUAUAGUCAACCUUGACUUUGAAUUGGACCCUACGCCCCUCCCCCCUCCACCAGACUAACCCUUACUGGCUGAGCGGCUGCCCCUCCACCUCUGCCUCCCUUAUAUUUUUCAUGGAAAAAAAAAACCCAAAAUGGCGGCUUUCCUGUUGGUUUAUCUCCGUAGCAACCAUCCUAUUUUGGGUUUUCCUGGGGAUGAUGAACACGUCCAUGUCAUUUUUAGAAGUAUCGGCAAAAGUACAUUUUUGGAUUUCCUUGGCAACCAAGGUUUUUUGUUAAAAAAUCUUUAUAUGUCCAUUUAAUAUGUCAAAUCGUUUUGUUCAGCUUGAGCCACCAAUUCAUGAAUUACAUUUCCACAAUAUUCCGGUAAAAAAUGUGCGAGCAACAAGAAGAUGCCACUUUUGCUACUUCCAAUUUUAAUAUUAUUUCCCCAGUAACUUCCCAAUUAUGCUCGAGGAGUUAGGAAGCAAUAGAUUGAGGAGUUAGAAUUUGUAGCUGGUACUAAAGCUAAUUUGUUUUUAUUCAAAAUGGUAGCCUGUGCUCAUAUUUGACUCUUUUAUCACUAAAAUAUGUCUUUAAAUUUGACCAAACUUCAUGACAAACUCAUCCUAAUCGUCACUAUAAGUUUCUCCAAAGGUGUAAACCAACGUGUGCUGACAAUCAAUAAGUCAAAGUGUGACAGUUUGACCCAAAAAAACGCCCUCUGUUUGUGCAUGUUCUGAAUGAUAUUAUCUUAUCAUAAAAAGACACAGAGAUGGCAUCCAAAAACAUUUAGAUUCUAUAUUUUACCAAUACAAGGUGAAUGUUUUUUUGUUAUUUUAUUCCCGCAGUUUUUAAAGAAUUCUUUUUAUAUUUCCUAAUCUCUUCUUAGUUAGUAUUUCUUUCAAAGAUUUAGUCAUAUGUGACAUUUCUGUGUUUGCAAAGGUUCCCUUAGCAAAAAGUAGUCUUUUUAAAUGUGCUACAGUGUACUUACUCUAUGCUAAAAGUGAGGUACUAUACUUAAAGUUUUGUUUUUAUGUACUAUCUUUAUAUUGUAAACUUAAAAUAUUCCAAUUUAGACUGAAGAAGUAUUCAGUUAAGUAUACUUCCUACAUGUACAUGGUCUACAGUAUAUUUGCUAAUCUUACACUCAAGUAUACUUAAUAAAUUAAACUACUACUUUUUGCUGAGGGUUAUCAUCCAUCUUGUCACCAACAGAAAACAUUGUUUACUUCUUUUAGCUUAACUUAGCAUAAACAGAAAACGGCAAGGAAGCUUUUUCACUCUUUAUGCUAAGCUAAGCUAAUCUAUGCUGAAAUAAGCUAAGCUAACCACUGACUGACUGUAUUUUUUUAGAUUUGUCGGUUUUAAACACGAGAACUUAGUUUUAUAUGAAGCCCCUGACAAGCAUGAAAAUUUAGAUUUUUUUUUUAAGCAAAAAAGUAUUUUUCUGAGGCUACGUUCACAUCGUCUUUGGGAACGCAUGUUCAAGCUUGUUUGUAAAUGUGCGUAAACAUGCGUUUCAGGCCUGCCAGUUAAACCAGGUUGAACUUUGACCAAUCAGGGAUUUGGUAGCCACAUAUGGAUUUGGUUCAUCUGGUGAAUCUGGACACGGUGUAGAGCCUGACGAUGUUUGUUUAUCAGUUAAAGAUACACUGACAUGAUUAUGAUGAAUAUCCAUGCUAGGACGCUAACAAAUGAACUAAAUAAUUUCUGUAAUGUGCCCAAAUCGUGAGAUUAGCACCACUUUGACAUUUCGCACCCACCCUCUUCCAACUCUAGGUGGCGGACAUGUGCUAGUAAACAGAAGAAAAAGCCCUUCGAUGGACGCGCACAUACUAGAGCGCGUUCGAAUGUCUGGUGUGAACGAAGCUUCAAGUUUUGUCAAAUUAUGUUCCAUCAAUUUUUUAUAAUUUUUUUAAAAGAACAAAUCUUUUAAUUUUGUUCCAGACUAUUUUCCUACUUUUUUUUCUUUGUUCAGGACCAAGGAAUAUAUUUAAAAGAGAAAAAAAAAAUAUUCUGGAAAUCUAUCUUUCAUAACCUACCUGGGUGUUCUUGUGCAGAUGCGGUUUGGUCUUUUAGCAUCUGGCUGCUCAGUCAUCCCUGAAAGUGCCUUUCUCCUCAGAGACAGUCAGUCUCAGAGAUGACUCCAUUUAGGGAAAAAAAAGCUUCAACGACAACGUCGCCCUCCAAAACUCUGUACACAACUGAUCGUAACGCAUGUUUCGUGCCGUGUUGUCUGACUACUUCCUGUAUGCCAGCUGUUCUUGUCCAAAGAAAGAACAAGUGUUCUCAUUGUUGUAUGAUGAUAUAGACUUGUUGCUUGCAGUGGUUUUUUUCUUAAUCAAAGUGGGGUUAAAAAGUGGUUACAACUUAAGUUUGUGUUCUGAAAGUAAGUGGUGGCAGUGCUCCUUGUUUACCUGAACCCAGGUGAUUUUUAUCCAUAGUUAUGAAGUAUAUAUGAUGACAUUUAUACCGUAAAUGCUCGUAAGCCUACAGUUUAUCUUGUUACGAAGAUACGAGGUGGGUUAAGGCCGGGGAAAGGCAAUAGUUACCGGAAUGAAGAUGCAUUCAUCGUGUAAAAAAGAUUAUAUUGCUCGGUUGUUUGUACAAAUCCAUGAAAAAGACGGAAGCGGAAGCAAUAACGUGGAGCCCUUCCCCCGUUAAAGCAACAAAUUCUAUCAAACCCUUAUAAUGUGUUGACCUAAACACAACCUAAAGGUUAAAUUAAAGCUCCUAAUGUAAAAGAUUAUAAAAUGUGUAGAAUUUCCAUUCUAUAUAAAUAUAUAUAUUUACAUACACCUGUACAAAUUGUGAAAAGGAUUGCUGGUUUAAUUGUAUCAAUGAUAGUGAUAUGGAAUGUGGUGGAAAUUAAACACUAGUCUACAGGACUUUUCCUAAUAAUGGCAGUUUGUUAAAUGUUUUUAUGGCAUGAUUUGUUGUUUUGGUUCUGGAGAACACACAGCCGAGUCCAAAAUGAAUCCGAAAAAACGGACUUACUUAUGCCAGAAAUCCCGUCGCCACGGGGAACCUGCAGGAAUCCUCCACUGUAGCUUGGACUCGAGGAGUGUCCUCAUUUUUUCUUUUAUUUAGUUUGAUUUAACUGAAAAGUCUUUCUCUUUACGUGACUUCACUUGAGAAAUUCAGUGUAUUUCGUGUAGAAACUAGAUGUUUGUACGUGAAAGUUUGGAGUUUGUGGAACAAAAAGAUCAAGGAAAACAAACAAAAAAAAGACAAUAUUCGAUGCUGUUAUAUGUCGUCCUCAUGUUUUGUAAAUGAAAAUCUUGGUAAACUGAAUAUUUCAUUUCUUGUUAUUGAAAUACUUUAGUGAUGCUGAAAAGGUGCUGUAUUUUCUGUGAGUUGCUUGUUGUGCUGGAAUUGGCACUUUGGUGCCAGUUUUCCAGUUUCAUGAUGGGAAUCAUAACUCAAAAAUAAACAUUGCAAAAGAUC